CAGGAGACAACACGAGCGAAAUAUGACCGUUGGGAAAGGAAAGGAAAUCUAACGCACCUUCUUUCCGUUUUCAAUUUAAUUCAUCAGCCUACAUUUUCUUCCCUUAAUCCAACGACUAAUCUCAUAAUUCCCCACACUCCUCCACUUACUUCGUCAAUUUGAUUUUCUCUCUCCCUUUCUUCUUCCCUUAAACCCAGAAUUAAUUCUUCCAAUUUUUCAAAAAGGAAGAAGGGUGUGAUUAGUUUGAUUGUGGGAACAAGGAAUCUAAAAGUGGGGCUUUUUCCUUCCUCUGCAUUAACUGGAAAUGAUGUGACAUAAAAUUAAUUAGAAGAAAAAAAGGGACGGUCCAUAAUUUCAAUUUUAGCAUAUUCUUCAAGAUCAAAACUUUUGACAAUAAGAUAGAUAGAAUUUAAAUAAUGGCAGCAGAAGUUGAAGCAAAACUUGAAGCGGAAGAGAUGGUUGCAACCACCAUGCAAAUGGUGGAAAGUGGUGGCGGGGUGGAAGCUCAUCCUUAUGCAUUUCAUGUAUCUGGGCCUCGGAAUCUUUCUUCGCCUAAUUGGAGAGAUAUCAUCAACUCUAGCUGGAAAGAUGGCAAUUAUAAAAGAACAGUUAUGGCCUGUUUCAUACAAGCUGCUUACCUUCUAGAGCUUGACAGGCAAGAAAACAGAACACCCGAAAAUGCUUUAGCUCCAAAAUGGUGGUUGCCUUUCAAGUACAAGCUAACUCAAACCUUAAUUGAUGAGAGAGAUGGAUCCAUAUUCGGAGCAAUACUUGAAUGGGACCGGUCUGCAGCUUUGGCAGACUUCAUUUUCAUGAGGCCAAGUGGGGCACCAAAGGCCGUUUUAGCUCUAAGAGGAACACUCCUUAAGAGUGUAACAAUCCGAAGAGACUUAACUGAUGACCUUCGUUUCCUUGCUUGGGAAAGUUUGAAAGGUUCAGUAAGAUUCAAAGUGGCUUUUGAUGCACUCAAAUCAAUUGCAGACAGGUACGGAAGUGGCAAUGUCUCUAUUGUGGGGCAUUCAUUAGGUGCUGGUUUUGCACUUCAAAUUGGAAAGGCAUUAGUCAAAGAAGGAAUAUACGUGGAGGCUCAUUUAUUCAACCCUCCUUCGGUUUCCCUAGCCAUGAGCCUCAAGAAUCUUGGUGAGAAAGCUGUUUUUGGUUGGAAGAGAAUCAGGUCAAUGCUUCCUUCAGGUAGCGAAAUCCAAAGCAUAUCAUCAGACGAUCAUCAGAACAAGGUGGCAAAUGCGGUGUUGAAAAAGUGGGUCCCACAUUUGUACGUGAAUAACAGUGAUUAUGUAUGCUGCUAUUAUGCUGAUCCAACGGGGAAUGGUGAAACCGGAAACAAAAGUGGAAGCAGUAAGGAGAAUGUGGUUCCUGUGAAUACAGCUGCUGCUAGUGUGGCUGCAAAGCUGUUUGUAUUAUCCAAGGGAAAUCAGAAGUUUCUCGAUGCUCAUAGGUUGGAGCAGUGGUGGGCUGAUGAUCUGGAGCUCCAAACUGUUAUCAACAACAGUAAGCUGAUUAGUCGACAACUCAAAUCUUUGUAUCAACUCCCGGCAUCACAGCAGGCACCAGGAAAGCAAAGAUAACAACCUCAGAGAUUUGUUGCAGCUACUCAAUUACUGAUCUAAAUAAUUGAGAAUUUUAAACAUUCUUUCUCAGUUUUUUACAAGUACUUUGGACCUAUUGGUUUUGCAAAGAGUUUAAUGUAAAUUCUAUUAUUCUAUCAGCAGCAAUAGCUUCUUAAAAUUGCUUUCUGGUGAUUGAUCACACUAGACAGUAGAGACCAGUGUCACCUAGAACACAAUACUCUAAUCUCCACUAGGUGUACCGUGUACUCCGUAUCACUUACUGAUAAAUAAGAAAAUUUUGUCAGUUAUUACCUAGAUUAAUAAAAGUUGUCAUUUACUA